UAAUGAAAUUCACAAUUUGUUUCUUAUUGGGAUUGGUAACACUUAAUGCAGUCUUCGUCAAAAAGCCAUCUGAUCCAAAUGCAGUUGUCUUUGCUGAAUUGGAAGAGGUAAUUAAUUUCAUUGAAAUUAAUAGAUUGAAGAACACGCAUUAGGAAGAAAAUUACUUGAUACAAUUGCUCUAUAAAUGAAAAAUUAAGCUCCAUUGGCUGAUAUUGCUAGAAUGCUUUAAGAAUUGAGAGAAAACUUAUUAUUAUAAUAAUAAUAAGCUGAAUUAAAACAUGCUGCUGAUGAAGCUGAUUGUGCUGCUGAAAUUGCUGGUUACAAUAGAAGAAUCGAUUAUGCUUCCAAUGAAAUCAGUGAAUCAACAACUGAAAUCACAGCCUUAUCUGCUUAAGUCUAAUAAUUGGAAAGUGAAAUUGAAAACAUCUAAGUGUAAUUGGGAAUUCUUAACGAUUAAGAAGAAACAUUGAGAACUCAAAGAGCAAAAGAUGCUGAAGCUUUUACUCAAAGAAUUAAGUCCACAGCUGAUGUUGUUGAAGCCUUGAACGUUGUUGCUGCAAAAUUAUCAGCUAUUCAACCUGAAUAAGAUCCAAAAGCUGUCUUCUUAGAAUUACAUAACAUGGGUAAGAGUAACCCAAUUGCUGCUUUGGUUUCAAUUGCCUCGGCAUUCUCAAAGGAAAGAUUAUAAUAAACAUAAGACAAGAUUGCUGAACUUAGAUAAUCAAUUGAAUAAUCAGCUGUUGAUGACUAAGAAGCUGAAGUUUAAGCUUAAAUUGAUUACUAAAACAUGUUGGCUUAAUUCGCCGAUUAAAGAAAGAAUUUGUAAAUUUACUUUUAAUCAUUUUAGCUAAAAUGCUUUAAAAGAUAAUGAAGCCAAGUUAACCUAAACUUAAAAUGCUUUGGGAGCAUAAAAAAAGAGAAAGGAAGAUGCUGGUAGAGAAUUAGCCACUGCAACUGCUGGAAAGACUUAAAAGGAAAAUGACUGUGAAGCCCUCAGAACCUAAUAUGCCAGAGAUAGUGAAUAAAGAACCAAGGAAAUUGGAAUCAUCAGAUAAGUUGAAGAAAUUUUGGCUACUAAAUUAGAAGGUGCCUCAGGAUACUUAAAGAACAGAAUUAAUUGAU